ACUUGCGAAGGCGCGAAAUUCCUCGGACUCGGGUGGCGUACCUUUUUUCUCGUCCUCGGGCCUUAUCUCUACCUUAACUGAGCCAGAGUCUUCGAAGAUCUCUGGAGCCGACUGCAUGCAUCCGAACUCAAUCUGGCUCCCAUGAGUUCUCAUUCAUUACUCCAAUAGCAGGGUCUGACAGCGCAGGACGACCAAUCGUGCGGGCGUCAGCCAAUGCAGCACGGGCACAUAUAUACGCCUCCUCCUCAGAGUCGCCGUUGGCUAGCAUCUCGGAUGACCACACGGAUUCGAGCUCCGACAGACGGAGCAUAAGCCCGGCGCCGUCGUUGUACUCGUUCUCCUCGUCCGUCGACGGGCGGCUCAUGCUCAGGCAAGCAUACGGUCGUACUUUGAAUAACCAGAAUGACACGUAUUUCUUACCUGCUGACAACGAAGAGCAUCGAAGGCUCGAUCUACAGCACCAGAUAAUCACGCUAGCUCUCGGCGGUCUUUAUCCAGCACCGAAUCUAGUCAGACGGGCCCUAGCCCCACGUCCAGGGAAGACGCCUGCGAUUCUGGACGUGGGCACUGGAAGUGGUAGCUGGGCUAUCGAGAUGGCUCAACAGUUUCCUCACUGCACGGUUGUAGGAGUGGAUCUAGCCCCCCCAAGAGUUGAUGGGGAUCUCCCGCCGAAUUGUCGGUUCGAGAUAGAUGACGCCAAUCUCGGUUUUAGUCACUAUCGGGAGUCAUUUGAUGUUAUACAUGCGCGGUCUAUAUCUUCCGGCAUACGGGAUUACCCUCAACUCCUCGAAGAAUUUGCCCAGGCGCUGCGCCCCGGAGGUGUAGUCAUAGUCGGGGAUGGGGAUCUUCAGCUCUACGACCAGUACCAACAACCGUUGGCCUAUGCUGAGCAAGGAACUCCCGGGUUCUCGUGGAUCACCCGUAUAUUUUUUGCAACAUACAACGCCAUGAAAAAUAGGGGUGGCAACAUCGAUUGCCCCCUCAUGUGUCCCACCUGGCUCAGGACCAUCGACUCUUUCACCGACGUAGGGUGGCACAAAAUCUUCAUCCCGAUCGGACCUUGGCGAUACGCGGACCAACGAGAGCGAGUGCUUGCAGAGAUGCUCCGCGAGGACUGUUUGCGAUUCAUUUCGGGCAUGGGGCCGCUCCUCCUGAGUGAAGGCUACUUGCCGGAGAGUGUAGAGAUGAUGCAACGUGAGGCAGCUGCAGAGUUGCGAGAGCAGCGCGUUCGCGUGCAGAGCCGGUGGGCGUUUGCUUGGGCGGUGAAGAAGUCGCCGUGAGGUUCGCCGAGCCCCCACACGAGACGCCAAGUCAAUGCCGUACAGCUUGACAUUCGGGAUGGCGCGAAUCUAUUACUGUCUUCUUAGCCGUGCGAGCGUCGAGCCAAAGGUCGGCGCCCCACAUGGACUUCUCAUAACCCUGCCUCCGUUUGUGGCAGUAUUGUCAGGCU